GGAUAAGCAUAGUAUUCUCACCAGACAGGGUUAGCUUGAAUGGCGCAUAGGUCUUCAUUUCCGGCACACAUAGUAGCACUAAUUUGAAUUAGUUACUUUCCAACCCACCUGAAGUCUUUUGCGAGUGAUAGAGAUAGAGUGAAGAGUUAGAGUUAGAGAGAGAGAAGGAGAUGUCAAUUGUCAAGAGCGCAAUCAAACAUGGCGGGUCCCCUUUUCCAUAUAGAUCGAGAUCGAUGCCUGCACGUUUAUUGCUUUACUCUCUCUUCUUUGCCUGCCGCGGCGCUUCCCGCUCCACUCCAAUGCCAACCACGAAGUCUUUGAUCAUUCAGCUCAUUCAAUUCAGCUACACAAACUCUCCUUAGAGCUAACUUCUCCUGUAGUCCAGAUAUUGAAUGGACUGAAUGGCGGACAUGGCAUGGCCCUUCAUUCCACUUCUCAGCUUCUCUGUUCUUCACCACCACUCGACCAUGGCGGACAUUUUCCAGCUCUGCUAAUGAAAUCCUAUCCCUGAAGAUCUACAGAACCCAAAACUGGUUAACCGGUAGCUUGAGGAAAUUUGAGAAGGAUAUGGAGCGGCAAAAUGGAGGGCGGAGAUGGGCCAAUUUGAAGCAACGGCUAGGAUUGAAGGGGAUGGGGUGCUGUGGAGGUUCAUGGAGUCCGACGUCGUCGACUUUGACGAUGAUUGAAGGCUUAAGCUUAAGCCGCCAUGGAAGUAGCCGCAGCCAUAGAGAAGAUGGGGCUCGGAGCUCUGCAUCUUCCGGUGUAAACUUGGCGAUGGCUCUUGCGGCGGAAAGAAAUUUGAGGACCGACGAAGGAGGCCCCACUGGCGCCGGUGAUGUGAAAUCACUGAUGAGAUUAUUUGAAGAAAUGGACGGUGGGGAUUGGAAGACAAAAAGAAAGGAGAGUGAGAAUACCGGUGAUUGGAUGUGCUGCGUUUGCAUGGAGAGGAGUAAAGGUGCUGCCUUUAUUCCCUGUGGACACACCUUCUGUAGGGUAUGUUCUAGGGAAUUAUGGCUCAACAGAGGCACGUGUCCUAUUUGCAACCGUUCGAUCAUUGAGAUUCUUGAUAUUUUUUAAAUUUGCAACAUUUCCGUAAAUUAUUCUCUCUAUGUGAUUUUUGUGUUCUUUAUGGGGGUUUCCCCCCUUUGUUCCCUUCUGAAAUGCUUGGUCGGUAAGGAACUAAUCAUAGUAGAGGAGGAGAAUAGUCAGAGGUGGAAUGUUGGUUUGUGCACCUGGAUUGACUUCGUGCCAUUUCGAACUAAGAGGGGCAAAAAGAGCUGAAUUACUCUCACGAUAAUUGUGCACGAGUGUGAUGCUAAGGUAGAGCUAUGUAAGUUAUAGUUAAGAUUGUCGACGAUUUUCUCUAUUUAUCGCAGAAGUUAUUAUGAUU